AUUGCAAUAUUGGCAGUGGCUAUUUGGCACCAGAGUAUGCAAUGCGUGGCCACCUCACUGAGAAGGCAGAUGUCUUUGGCUUUGGUGUUGUUGCUUUGGAAAUCCUUAGUAGAAGACCAAACUAUGACAACAGCCAGGACAAUGACAAGAUCUAUCUUCUUGAAUGGGCAUGGACUUUGUAUGAAAGCAACCAGAGUCUGGGUUUGGUGGAUCCAACCCUAGUUGACUUUGAUGAAAAUGAAGCUUUAAGAACGAUAAGAGUGGGACUCCUGUGCACCCAGGCAUCACCAAUGAUGCGACCACCCAGGUCAAGGGUUGUAGCUAUGCUUGCUAGGUAUAUUGAAGUGAGGCCGGUUGCAUCAAAACCAAGUUAUAUAACUGAUUGGGGUUUUAAGGACAUAACAGCCAGCUUCGAGGCUAAACACUCGCCAUCUACUAGAUCUGAGCGCAGUAAUAACACGAACACGAAGAAUCUUAAUCUAGAGGUGGAGCUGGAGGCUUCUCCAUUGAAUAUCACUGAAUUCAGUGACAUUAUUGGGAAAGGAAGGUGACAGAUGUUGUUCAAGCUCCAUUUUGCUACUUCUGUUUCUACCUCUGCCACUUAUUUUUCAGCCCUAUUGGUAGAUACUGAAAUUGCGUGAAUUUCUAUCAUUCGUAGCAUUUAUAUGUUGAUCAUUUUUGUGUGUAAAUUGAACUAGACAUCAAAAUAUGAGCAUGCAAUAAGGCUGCAAUGUUUGUAACUUACGGAUGUCAUUCCUAACAUGCUGUAAUAUACUUCAAAGCUAGGGAAUUGAUAAUUUUUUAUCUUUUAAGGUUUUUGUUGUUGUUGCUACAAGUAAUUUUGUUGUUGUUGCUACAAGUAAUUGUGAAGUUUGUAUUUUGUGGCUAUUGUUGAUGAUAUAUGAUUGUGCUUGCAAGUAUUUAUAUCUGGGUAAAUGCAUAUUUGAUGCUGGAUGAGAAUUUUUUUUUUUUUUUUCCAUUUUACUGAUAUUCUUCCUUUUGACUUGGCACUUUUCAUUAUCUCUUUUUCCUCUCAUAUUCUCUUUCUUGCUGGUCAUGGUUUCCCUUUAGGUGUAGUGAAUAUAGCUCCCUCUGGGCUCCUCUUUUUUCUCAGUAUAUCUACAGUUGUAUCUCAUUUUUUGAAAGACUAUGAGUGGAAUGGAGAAUAGACUGGUUAGAAUCUCUCCUGCCUUUACAUUAGAUCUUGGUAUUUUGCAUUCAUAAUGUCUUAAGUAGUUGCACAGUGGCUGCAUUGGUAUGUGCUGUGAUUGUAAGUGGAAGCAACGUUUAUGCUUUUAGUGACACUGAUAACUUUUUGGUCACCAACGGAGUCUAUUAGCCCCUGCCUCUUUCUUCAAUUAAUUAUCAUGCUAAUUUUCUAUUCCAAUCAUUAGCAAUCCAUUCUAUUAUUGUGAUUUCAACUUACUGCUUGAGCUUGAUCAUGACAUUGACAAAGAUGGGGAGUUUUCUCUAAGAAAAAGCAUUUUCCAUGUCUACUUUUAGGUUUCCGUAGCCUUGGUGUAUUGCCACAGAAAUUAAGAGAAUCUGGCACUUCGUGAGUGCUUGAAAGUACAGUCAAAUGAGCAUUCUUCGCAACAUGAGUGAGUCUCAUGCUGAGUCCCUUGUAGGGUUAACAACCUGCCUUCGAAAAGAGAGCAAGCACUGAGCAAUGUGCCUCUGAUGCUCCUGCUGGAGGUGGUGGUGUGGCACUUAUUGAAGGUGGACUGAUGGAGAUGUGGCUUCCAAGAGCCAGAGCUGCAGCAAUAGAUGGAACUAAGGGCUGAAGAGAGGAAGCUGAGUGAUUGCCUCUCACUAGAUUUUCUGAGUAGUGUAUUGAUUUGCCAUUCAAUAGAAUUUCAAUUAUCACUGGAAUUUCUAAGUAUACGCUAGGGAGGAACUGGUGUAUAUAUAUAGGAGUAAUACUUUUUGGCAUUUGCUCCAUUGAUAAUUAGCAUAUAGCUUUGAGUUUU